AAGUGGAUAAGUGACGACAUUCAACAACACCAAGUGGAGUCAAAGCAAGGCGAUGACAGAAUGCCUUCAAAUCGGACACACGUCCCGUUAGGAAAUCCUUUCGUGAAUUAUAACUCUCUUGUGAUCACACUCUUUUUUAUGCUGCUGUUUGUUGAACAACGAAGAGCGAUGGGGUUGAUGAGUAAUUCAGUGGAUGACUGGUCAAGUGGUAAUAUAAUUGUCUGCAAUGGAAUCCCAGGGUUGACGAAGGAGCAAAGAGAUCUUUGCUAUGCAAAUCCAGACGUGACAGCAGCGGCAAUCAAAGGUCUCCAGAUGGCGAUAACUGAAUGUCAACAUCAAUUUGCAUGGCACAGGUGGAAUUGUUCAUCACUAUCAACAAGUACUAGAACACAAAAGAACAGUGUUUUACUUCAACGAGGUUACAGAGAAACGGCUUUUGCCUAUGCGAUAUCAGCUGCUGGUGUAGCACACAGUAUUGCAAAAUCCUGCAGCAUGGGUCGUUUGAUUUCCUGCGGUUGCGAUCCGUCUAGUUACAAGGGUAAACCACCAGCAAAAGCACGCGGAGCACACUGGAAAUGGGGAGGUUGUUCUCAUAAUCUAGAAUACGGGAUGGAAUUCUCGAGGCAAUUUCUAGAUUCAAGAGAAAAGGCUGGUGAUAUUCAGUCGACCGUUAAUUUGCACAACAAUCAAGCUGGACGUCUGGCAGUGGAGAAUAAUAUUCAAGUUCGAUGCAAAUGCCAUGGAAUGUCUGGCUCAUGUGAGUUAAAAACCUGCUGGAAAGUAGUCCCAGAGUUUCGGAUCGUCGGCAAAACCCUCAAGGAUCGUUUUCGAAAUGCAGUUCUCGUGGCUCAGAGUAAUUUAGGUAACGUUACACCACUCUCAAGAUUACGAGGGUCACGCAGACGUCGAAUAGAUAAAGAGAAGCAGAGGAAAAAUCGUCCUGGUCGUGAUGGCAACAACAUUGGACGAAAAAGAAAACCUCGUGACUUAGCAAAACAACUAUUCUACUAUCAAAAAUCACCUAACUUUUGUGAACGUGAUCCUUAUCAAGACAUUCCGGGUACUACUGGUCGUAGAUGCAACAGGACCAGUCCUGGUGGUGAUGGAUGUGCUUCUUUAUGUUGCGGACGAGGCUACAAUAUCAUCAAACAACGUAGAACUGAAAGAUGUCGGUGUAAAUUUCAUUGGUGUUGUUUUGUUCAGUGUCAAAACUGUACUAUUGAAGAAUGGAUUACUGUUUGCAAAUGAAAUCAACUCUUGGACUCUAGCUCAUCCAUUCUUUGACACUUUCGUAUUAAUUGGCUGAAUUGUUUGUUGAUAAAUGGUACUAGUAAUUAAGAAAUUUGUGUAAAAAACGAAAAGAAAAAGGUUGAAAGGUUUUUAUUGAAAUUAUUUAUUGGUCAAAGUUGGUGGAUUGAAUCCACUUGGAAGACCAUGGUCUAGAUGUUGGUACAUUGAAGUAGAUCUCUAGGAGCUUAAAUAAUAUUCACAAUAAUUAAAUAAGUAUUGAAUUAAUUUUAUGUUAAUUUACAAUUAAUUAUCAACCUCAACUAUUUUUUUUUACUCAUCAAAUUAUUCAAUGAGCUUGAAACUUAUUUCUUCCAAUCAUAAUCCAAAUGUUGGUCUUCAUAUUUAUUUCAUCAAUGCAAUAUCUAUUUGGAAGUAGACUGAUUUUUUUGAUAGCUUUGAUUUUUUUUUUAUUUAAAUUAAUUUAUGUAAUUGUAAUUAAUAGACAAGGUUAUUGGUAAUUAAUGUUAGAGGAAUAAAAUAAGUUAUCUUUAAAGCAAAUGUUAAAACAUAAACUCCACUGCCGAGGUCUCGUUUAAUUAUAUAUAAUAAAUAAUAAUGUAAUAAUUAAGUUGUAUGUCAAAGACACACUUGAACAAUAGUAUUAAUUGUAACUAGUAUUAUAACUUUAGGGACGCUUGAAGCGUUGAUUUAAAAUAUUAAGGAAUUUUAAUAUAUAUAUUUUAAGUAAUUUAUUUGUGAUCAACACUUAUUUAAUAUUUAAUUAAUUAUUAUCGUUUUUAAUUAUAUUAAAUAAUUUUUAAUUCAUUUCCUUACUGUAAUGAUAAUAAUGCUGCAGUAUUAUUAGGGAAAUCGAUGAUGGAAAUUAGACUAUACAACAAUUGUAAUGAAAUUUUUAAUAAGUAAAUGCGCAUUUUAUUGUUUGGAAUAAAAAUUUGGCUUUUGGAAAUUGUUUUGUUAACAGGUUGAGUAAAUAUACUAGUAGAUGGAUAAAUUAUUGUAAAUGGAAAUUAAUUAGUAUUUUUUUUUUUAUUCAUUCUAUUUUCGUUUAUAGAAUGGAAUAAAAUAUAUUUUCAUCACAUAUUUAUU